AUGGCCCCCAAGGGUGAUGGCAUACUUGAGUGGACAGAUGCAUUGGAGAGUGCAUUCAUUGACGUGUUACUCGAGAAGUUCAUAAGGACGCAUACUACAUCUUGGAAAGGAAAGGAUUGGGAACAAAUGAAUAAGGAGCUGGAAGAGCAAUUUCCAAGCACCACUCUCGGCAGCAAGAAGUUGCAGCAGAAGCUUCGCAGGCUGCGGACCCAAUACACGCAGUUCACUGAGCUUGUUUCGCACAUUGGUGUCGGUUGGGAUGAGACAACCAACACCGUAAAGGCGAGUGCUGAUGUGUGGGACAAAUUUAUUAAGAAGAACAGUGGGUACAAGAGUUUCCAAGCCAAAGGCUGCAAGCAUUACAACUCAUUAAAUGAGUUGUUCAGAUCUAAGACAGCAACAAGUGCGUUACGUAUUUCGUCUGCAGAACCACCAAAGAGCCCAGCAACUUAUGCACGCAUGGAAGAGGACUUCCUAGCAGCAGCGACAAGUCGGGGAAAAGAACCAGUCAAUCUUGAAGAGGGCUCCGGCGAUAGUGAUGACCCGGUCCAUGAGGUUACCGAACCUGUUGUUAUAGCGUCCCGUCGUCAAGUGCGUAGAAGGAGUUCCAACGCUGACUCCCGAUUGCAAGAGUGCCUCGACAUGUUGAAGUGCAAUAUGAGCAGGAGGGAGAAGGAGAGAAAUUGUACCCCUCCGACAUCGAAGAGAAGUAAAUCCGUGACGAGCCCCGAGAAACCAGCUGCGGGUUCUAUCGAGGAGUCGAUGGCUGUACUGAAUGAUUUGCGUCCACAACUGUCCAUUGAAGAGUACCUCGUGGCCGGUGACUGUUUAUCCAAGGAUGAGCAGACAAGGCGUAUGUUCAUGUGCUUGCUCGAUGAUACAAGGCUUCCAUUGCGGCCGAACAACAUGUCCCGCGCAACAUUCCUUGUAGAACCUCAACACUACAAGAUAAGACGGAGGAACGUUGACGUGCAGCCUGAAAUUCAGAGAUGCCGAAAAUGGUACCCAUUCUUUAAGAAUUGCAUUGGAGCAAUCGAUGGAACACACGUGUCGGCUACUGUUCCUUCAUCGGUGAGAGACGCGUAUUGCGAUCGAAAUAACGAGAUUACGCAAAAUGUUCUCGCCGCUUGUUCGCAUGACAUGAUGUUCACACAUGUCGUGACUGGAUGGGAGGGUUCGGCUCACGACUCGAGAAUUUUGUCCGAUGUCGCUACAUUGCAGACAUUCCCCGCUCCAUAUGGUGUUGAUGCGGGAUACCCUAAUAUUCACGGUUAUAUGGCUCCUUACAAAGGGCAGAGGUAUGACACACCACCAACGACGGAGAAAGAGUUAUUCAAUCAGCGACACGCAUCCGUUCGUAAUGUUAUCGAGCGGUGUUUUGGGGUGCUGAAGAGCAUAUUUGCCAUACUGCGGUCAAUGUCAAAUUAUGGCCCGGAGUAUGAGGAUGUUUUUCCUGAGGAAAUACCACCUAGGUUACCUCCAAUCCAAGAGAUUAAAUAUCAAAUUGAUUUUGUUCCCGAUACGACAAUUCCAAACCGACUAGCUUAUAGGAGUAAUCCUGAUGAGACAAAGGAGCUUCAACGGCAGAUAAGUGAGUUGUUAGAGAAAGAGUAG